GCCCAAAGCAGCUCGAUGCCAGUCGCGUAAGUUAACGAGCGCAACUGCAGCAGAGGCGCGCAGAGCAAAAACAGAGAAAAACACACACUGAAAUACUUAGGAGAAUGAGAAAGUGAAGCAAAUCCCUGAUAAAAGUAGCAAUGUCGAUGAAGAAGAGAUCAAUGGGGUUGUUUUCUUGUGGACAAGGACUCAUAGAAGAAGGAGGAAGAGGAAUGGGAUGUCACGAAGACGAUGAGAUUGAGAAAUUCUCAACAGAUGAUAGAAGCUAUUUUAGCCUUACCGGUGAAAUUCUUCCUUCUCUCGGUAAGAGCGCUGUUUCUAAUCGCCGCCUCCAGCUCCGUCGCUUCAUUAUCUCUCCCUUCGAUCCCCGUUACAGAAUAUGGGACACUUUCCUGGUGUUUCUAGUUUUCUACACCGCAUGGGCGUCUCCUUUUGAAUUCGGAUUCCUUGAGAGGCCGACUGGUCCACUUGCUGUAAUUGAUAAUGUUGUUAAUGCCUUUUUUGCCGUCGACAUUGUUUUGACCUUCUUUGUGGCAUACCUCGAUAGAGUUACUUAUCUUCUCGUUGACGAGCCAAAGAAGAUUGCUUUCAGGUACGCAAAGACCUGGCUGGUCUUUGAUGUUGUCUCCACUAUUCCUUCGGAACUUGUUAGGUCGAUAUUGCCUGAUAGACUUCAGUCUUAUGGAUACUUUAGUAUGCUUCGUCUUUGGCGUCUCAGGAGAGUCAGUCGUUUUUUUGCAAGAUUGGAAAAACAUAGGAACUUUAGCUACUUUUGGGUACGGUGCUUGAAGCUCAUAUGUGUUACCCUCCUUGUAAUUAACAUUGCUGGUUGCUUUUACUAUCGUCUUGCUUUAUCUUAUUAUGACCCAGAAAAGACAUGGAUUGGGUCCGUAUGGAUACACUUUGAGAAGGAAAGCUUGUGGGCCCGUUAUGUGACAUCACUUUACUGGUCCAUAACCACGCUUACUACCACUGGCUAUGGUGAUCUGCAUGCAGUAAAUGAAAGAGAGAUGAUAUUUGUAAUGUGCUACAUGAUGUUUGAUCUUGGACUCACAUCAUAUUUAAUUGGAAAUAUGACCAACUUGGUUGUUCAUGCAACUAGUCGAACAAGGCAAUUUAGAGAUGCUAUCCAAGCUGCAUCAAGUUUUGCACAGAGGAACCGGCUACCUGUUCGUCUGCAAGAUCAGAUGCUUGCUCAUUUGAGUUUGAAGUACAGAACUGAUUCAGAGGGUCUGCAUCAGCAAGAGACAAUUGAUUCCCUUCCAAAGGCCAUUCGAUCAAGCAUUGCAAACUAUCUCUUCUAUAACUUUGUAAAUGAGGUGUACUUGUUUAAAGGGGUAUCAAAUGACUUACUUUUCCAACUGGUCGCGGAGAUGAAGCCUGAGUACUUUCCUCCCAGAGAAGAUGUGAUUUUACAGAAUGAAGCACCGACAGACAUGUACAUAUUGGUCACUGGUUCAGUGGAUCUUAUUGUGCCAAAGGGGCCAACAGAGCAGGCUGUUGGAGAGGCAAAGGCAGGAGAUGUUGUUGGUGAGAUUGGUUUGCUUUGUUACAGGCCACAAAUGUUCACAGUUCGGACCAAACGAUUAAGUCAGCUGUUGCGUCUGAACCGUACUGCAUUUUUAAAUAUUGUACAGUCAAGUGUUGGAGAUGGGACGAUAAUUAUGAACAAUCUUCUUCAGCAUUUGAAACAGUUGAACGAUCCAAUGAUGGAAGGAAUUUUGGCAGAAACAGAGCAUAUGUUGGCUCAUGGGAGAAUGGACCUGCCUCUUACUUUGUGCUUCGCGGCAAUGAGAGGUGAUGAUCUAUUGUUGCAUCAGUUGCUUAAACGGGGUUCAGAUCCAAAUGAGUUGGAUGACAAUGGGCGGACUGCAUUGCACAUUGCAGCUUCAAAUGGGAGUGAGCAUUGUGUAGUCCUCCUUCUAGAGUAUGGAGCUGAUCCUAACAAGAAAGAUUCAGAAGGCAAUGUUCCCCUUUGGGAAGCAUUACUGGGGAAGCAUGAAUCCGUUGUUAAACUUCUUGUAGACAAUGGUGCAACCAUAUCUUCUGGAGAUGUGGGUCAAUUCGCAUUGGCAGCCACUGAGCAAAAUAACUUGGAUUUGCUCAAGGAAAUUGUUAAUUAUGGAGGAGAUGUGACACUGCCCACAAGCAGUGGAACUAUAGCACUUCAUAAAGCAAUAUCUGAAGGAAACACAGAAAUAGUUAAGUUCCUUUUAGAUCAAGGAGCUGAUGUCGAUAUGCCAGAUGUUCAUGGAUGGACAGCAAGGGGUUUGACAAAUCAUCAGGGUCGCGAAGAAAUUCAAGCUUUGGUCCGAACAAGGCAAGAAAGGGAAAAAAAACUGGUUUCCACAGUGCUGCCGCAGCAGCAGCAGGGGAAGCCGCAUAUUGGGAAGCCUAUUGCAAAAUAUAGUAGGGAACCUGCAAUGCCUCGACCUUCAAACCAGGAUGUUGGUUCACCAGCCCCUGGAGUGAUAUUGGCAGAUAAUAGUCAGAGAAGAAGUGUUAACACUUUCCACAAUUCACUUUUUGGGAUCAUGUCAGCUGCUAAUACUGGUGAGCAUGAAAUAAUUGCGUCUCCAGGAGGGGCUGCUGGUGCUGGUUUUCCGACUAUGAGCUAUCCAGCUAGAGUGACUAUUAGUUGCCCAGAAAAAGGUGAAGUUGACGGAAAGCUUAUUCUGUUGCCAAAGUCACUUCAAGAACUACUCGAUAUUGGUGCCAAAAAAUUUGGAUUCUUCCCCACCAAAAUUCUAAGCAAAGAAGGGGCCGAAAUUGAGGAUUUGGAGCUCAUCAGAGAUGGCGAUCAUCUCGUCCUUGUUAGCAAUGUAGGCACCAGAAUGUAAAAGAUGCUAUACAGGCGAAAGAGUUGGAGAUUGUGAUUAAGUUUUGCCACAUGAUUACUUUGUUGAAUAUGAGAACAUUAAUCCUUAUCGUUAUGCUCUUUUCACUCUUUUCGUUUUCAUAAUUUAUCUCGGGUUUUGUUACAUUUUUUUUUUUUAUGGAAUAUUAAUACCUUUGCAUAGAGGUCCAAGGAA